AUACCUCAAUUCGUACAGUUUGAAUGAAAAUGGCCACCGUAGGUUAGUAUAGAGAACUCUGUAAAAGUUCGACCGACAAGUGAAUCGACCAUUUCCUCAUCUUUCAAGUAAGUAAGAACUUUUAGAACGCUUCUCUCUCUCUCUCUCUCUCCCUUGGUUUAUAGAUGUAUACUUAUCAAUUUUAUCGUCUUCCUCUAAAAGCAAUAAAACAAACCUAUUCAAACCCUGACAGAAUGAGUUUGUAACGGGAAAAUAUCGACCAACUGAUUUAAAAGUUUGCAAUGGAGACCACCAGACUUAUUGAAAAGAGCCAAGAGUGCCCUUAUGUCAAGGCCAACAUUUUUUCGAGACUAUGUUUCUGGUGGAUGACUUCGUUUAUAAGAAGAGGUGCAAAGGAAGAACUCGUACCAGAGACUGUAUUUGAAACGCUACCAGAACUAAAGUCACUUCCAGCUUACGAAGAAUACCGAGUAUUUUCCCGCAGAGAAGAAAUUAAGGACAAAGAACUGAGAAUGGGUACUGUAAUGAAUGCCGUUAGAAAGCUCGUUUGCAAAUAUUUAGCCUGGUCCGUUUUCCUAAAUAGCAUGACGGACCUACUCGUCUUGGCUAGUACAAUUUCAUAUUACCAGCUUUUGCGCCAGUUUAGUUUGAAUACGAUGGUUGUUCCUUUAGAAUAUGGCCUACUUUCUGGAAUAUUUUUAAUACACCUACUAGCCGAUAUUCUAAUAACUUAUUGUAAUUUUCUUGAACUUGUUGGUGGUCUUCGAGCUAAAACCAUCAUAAGAGGCGUCAUCUAUCAGAAGCUCCUCUCCGUUAGCAAGACUGCAAAACAUAACGUUACUUCCGGUAGAAUUCUAACAUUGAUUACGAGCGAUACGGAACAAGUUAUGGACUGUCUAUCAUUUUUGCAGUUUAUCAUAACCUCACCAGUAAUGUCUAUUGUAUUAGUUAUUAUAAUAUCUAUGGAAAUUGGUUUCAACGUCACAAUCGUCAUGAUAAUCACAUUAGCCGUCAUCGUUUUCAUUCAAACUAUCUUAAGUUACCUCUCUGGAAGUUAUUACGGAUGGAUCACCUUCUUUUCCGAUAAGAGGGUAAAUAGCGUUAGGGAACUUUGUUCCGCCAUAAAGCUGAUUAAGAUGAACGCCUGGGAACGUAACUUUGAGGGUAAAAUAAAGGAACAGAGGAGGAAAGAACUAUUAGUUAAUUUUAAAUCGCUUAUAAUCGAAGCCAUACCAAACGCUAUGGGUAUUGUUGCACCGCAUAUCGUCCUAUUCGCAGUUCUGGCAUCCAUGUACUGGUUCAAACAAAUUGAGCACUUGAACGUAGCUCAAUUCUUAUAUAUAUCACUCAUGCUGGGAACUUUCGAAGACCAUCUAUUUAAUACAUUCGCAACCGCUAUGUUCCACAUAGCCGAAGCGUACGAAAGCCUUGAAAGAAUUAUGGAAUUUCUCAAACUUCCCGAUAGAGAGAAUAAAAUUGUUAGGGAUGAUUCCAGCGAAAACGAGCAAACGAUAGCGUUGGAGGACGUUUCGGCCACGUGGGAUGAUAACGUUGACACUCCCAUUCUAAAGAAUAUUAACCUUAGUAUGAAACCUGGUCAAGUCUACUGCGUUAUAGGUACAAUUGGAUGUGGAAAGUCGACGCUUCUUCAAGUUCUUAUGGGCGAAUUAAACACCCUUAGUGGUUCGAUAAUAAGGAAGGGAAGGCUUAAUUAUUCGCCCCAAGAACCAUGGGUAUUUGGUGAUACAAUCAGAGAAAAUGUAAUAUUUGGAGAGCCAUUGGAUUUGGUCAAGUUGCAAACAGUCUACGAAGUUAGCAAACUGAUUGAAGAUAUUGGAAAAUUUCCUCUUAAAGAUCAAACCAUUGUGGGCGAAAGAGGUUUAAAAGUAAGCGGAGGUCAAAGGGCAAGAAUAAGUCUGGCCAGAGCACUCUAUAGAGAAUCGGAUAUAUACCUCUUAGACGAUCCUUUGAGUGCUCUAGACGCCAAUAUAGGAGAGCACGUCUUUCAAUUUGCCAUAAAAGAUUAUCUUAAAUCAAAGACAGUCCUUUUAGUAACGCACCAAACUCAGUAUUUGAAAAAUGUUGAUAAAUCAUUAAUAAUUAGUGAUGGAGAAAUGUCGGAGUAUACUGUCGACAAGGAUGAAGAUGAGCAACUACAGAUAUUAUCAAAAGAAGUUUACAAAGUAGGUAAACACGAUGAUGCAACAGAAAAGAAAGACUACUUGGAGAGGACUGGCCAGGGAUUCGUUAAUUGGGGUGUUCAUUGGUAUUAUAUGAAAAAAGGCUCCCUCUUUCUUCUAUUUCUGGGCGUCCUCUUUCUUCUGGUCGUCCUCUUCAUAACAUUAAUAAUUGAUAAGAAUACCGCCGAGGUUAUUGAAUUAAACUUUGGAAAUUAUGCCGCCUACCGGCAAGCAUUAAUAUUCUACGCUGCUGGAAUAGGAUUUCUAACUUUGGCCAGUUUAGGCGUUGAAUUUAUAUUUGCCGCCUUUAAUACGAGAGCCUCCAUACUGAUUCACGCCGACAUGCUUAAAGAGGUCAUUAGGGCUAAAAUGAUGUUUUUCGACUCUCAGAGAAUAGGAGUAAUCCUCAACCGAUUCUCUAAAGAUAUUAUGGCCGUAGAUCACGUACUCUUUUUGGUUUUUGCCACCUUCAUCUAUUUAGUCCUGCAAUUAUGCUUUAGCGUCUCGUUUACCCUCUACGUCUAUCCUAUGUCUGGCAUUAGUUUUGCCCUAAGCAUCAUACUCAUAUUUAUAGUAUUCAAAUUCGCAACGAAAACAAUUUUUGUCCUAAAGAGAUUGAGCUCAAGCAGCCAUAGUCCCGUGCUCUCUCACGUCAGCGAUACUAUCGACGGUCUAACCGUUAUUAGAUGCCACGAUGUUCAACAGAGAUUCUGGGAAAAGUAUUCAGAGUUGUUGGAUGAGAAUAAUCGUAUGAUUUUGGCGUUGAAUUCGUCCUAUUUCUGGCUGAGAACAAUGAUAACAAGUAUCGUUUUCCUUAUCCUAAUGGCAACUUCUAUAAUCAUGUUGAGAUUUACUACUCUCUCAGUAACGCUCCUAGGUUUGGUCAUACAAUAUAUCCUUCAUGUGUCUGAACCUCUGCAGACCAUAUUUCAAACGUUUAUCCGCAUGGAAGACGCGUUUACUUCGGUCGAACGUGUUAUCGACUAUACUGAAUUGGAUAAAGAGAAAAAAGAGUUUAAAGAACUUCCAACAGAUAUGAUGUGGCCUAGAAACGGUUCGCUAACCUUUAAAAAUGUCAGUCUAAAAUACGAAGGUACUGACGAUUACGCCUUGAAAAACUUUUCUCUUGAAAUAGAAAGUGGUAAAAAGGUUGGCAUUGUCGGCCGAACAGGAGCGGGAAAAUCCACAAUCGUUUCUGCCAUUCUUAGACUUGUUGAACCUGAAGGAGAAAUCAUCCUGGACGGUAUUAACCUCUUCAAUUUACCUCUAGCAAUUGCCAGAUCUUCAGUAUCAACGAUACCCCAAGAUAUGUACUUGUUUACGGGUACUGUAAGAUCAAAUAUAGAUCCGAAUAGCAUCUAUUCUGACCAGGAAAUAUGGAAUAGUCUCGAAUGCGUAGGAAUGGCGCCAAAGAUAAAAUUACUACCAGAUACUAUCUACGCAAAAGUUGUAGAUAACGGAGGAAAUUUUAGCGUUGGAGAGAAGCAAAUGUUGUCAUUGGCGAGAGCCUUUCUUCGAAAGGCUAAUGUCCUAAUUCUGGACGAAGCAACUGCAAAUAUAGAUAAUGAAACUGACACCCUUAUACAGGACUGUAUUAGGGAACAUUUUCAUUAUUGUACUAUUAUUACUAUUGCUCACCGUAUUAAAACAAUAAUGGACUACGAUAUGAUUCUCGUUAUCGAUAAAGGUGAACUCGUAGAAAAAGGCACUCCCGAUCAACUGAUAUCGAGUGGCGGCCUAUUCAACGAACUCGUUAAGAAGAGUACAGAUUCAGUAAUGGCAUAG